AGCUAGAAAGAACAGACUAAAAAUGAAAAAAAAAAUGUCUCACUUUAACUUUUGCAUCAGUGCAUCAGUGCAGUUAAAAAGAACAGCCAUCACAGACCAUAGAUGUAAUAUAAGGUCUGUUCUUUUUAGCUGAAUUUUUUGCAUGACUCAUCUUUCUUUUCCUCAUUGACAAGAAAAAGAGAAAAGAUGCACUAUGCAAGAAAUUCAGGUAAAAAGAACAGAUCCACAGAUAUCUAAGAUAAAGAAUAAUAGAAAACAAAAAACAAUAAUGAAUAGAGAACAAAACAGAAGUUCACGGCUAUUUGAAUCAAUACGAAAAUCAUAUAAUUUCGUGUAAUUCGGUCUUUAUUAGUUUAGGUAACACGCAUUAAUAGAAAACGUGUCAUCAUAGAGAAUAGGAUGUCGUCAAAUCCAGAAAUUCCAGAUUUUAUUUCGAAGGUAGUUUAUUUUAGAAAUAAACACAUAUCUCGUGAUCGCCGUGCCCGUGAGUCGCUAAUUCCGAUCAAACUCACUGUACAAGGUACAAAAACGCAACGUUAGCAAUAAUGUUAGUUGUUUAUCGCUAGGUUAAACGAUAAGCAGCUAGGAAUACCGCAUUAAAGGCUUACGUGGCUAUGAUCGACACAUAUCGUUCUACUUAUCUUAUGGAGGUAUCUAUUCUAUUGGGGAUACCCGGCUGCCGCACGACGAAAAUGGUACUUUUUUGCACGUGGCUAUCAGCUGAUAAGUACGCGUCUGCGCCUGCGGCAUGUCAAUUCGCAGCCUCUUUCCAGUCCUCCGGAAUCGUUUCACGUCCGUUACAUCAGUCGGAAUUCAGCUGUUGACUGGAUUGGAACGUUCAUCGCCAUUGUAAGUACAUUUUGCGCUAUUUUGCUCGAGAAACUCGUUAAGAUAAUUAAACGACGAUUAAAAGAUCGGAAGACUUCGACUUCCAAUUUAAACAACCCGUCUAACAAUAAGUAAAGAGAGAGGCAAUCAAAGUAAACAUAUUAAAUUCGUUUCUUUAAUUAGAACGAGAUUGAAAAAAAAUUCUACCAACAUCGAAUGAGAUUGAGAAUAAAAAAACUAUUGACACUAUGUCCCGUGUAUGAAGGAUCAGAUUCCAUAACAGAAAAAAAUCUGUGAUAUCGAACUUUCGAUAAUAUUAGCCUUUAUCGUUGAGUUUAUAGACUAAAAUCGAAUCCAGGAAAUGCUGAGAUAUCUUAGCAGUGCAGCAGUUUGCCAACAGAUUCGACUACCUUCUCUUCUGGUAAACUAUUUUCAAUGAAAUGGAACCUGUUAUUCCUGAUACAUAAUAAUGAAAUAAUAUGUUAACCUUUCAUUUUAUCAAUUUCCAUUUUAUACAUUAAUUUAUUAGUGCUAGUUAGUGCAACAGAUAUGUUCCUAAUUGUUUGAUGUAAGAAAAGAAAAGAAAACAAUGACUGAUAAGAGUAAAAAAUUAUCACGUUGGUACUUUGGUGGUGUUUCUUCUGCAGCUGCUGCAUGCGUAACCCACCCUCUGGAUUUACUGAAGGUUCACUUGCAAACUCAACAAGAAGGCAAGCUAUCAAUAGUACAUUCCACCAUUGGAAUAAUUAGGAAACAGGGAAUAUUAGCUCUAUACAAUGGACUCAGUGCUUCCCUACUUCGCCAACUUACGUAUUCUACAAUAAGAUUCGGAGCAUAUGAGGUCGGCAAACAGACGCUCGAGUUGUCUGGUCACCCAUUGCCCUUUUAUCAAAAGCUAUUAUUGGCUGGGGUUUCGGGUGCUGCUGGUGGUGUUUUUGGGACUCCUGGCGAUGUAAUUAAUGUACGCAUGCAGAAUGAUAUCAAAAUAGCACCAGAAUUAAGGAGAAACUAUAAGCACGCUCUGGAUGGACUGUUACGUGUAAUUCAACAAGAAGGAGUUCGCCAAUUGUUUAGUGGAUGUUCGACCGCCACGAUGAGAGCAGUGCUGAUGACUAUCGGACAAUUGAGCUUUUACGAUCAAAUUAAAACAACAUUAUUACAAACUGGCUAUUUUCGGGAUAAUCCUUCGACGCAUGUUUUAUCCAGCGUAUCGGCAGGCGCUAUCGCAACAACGCUUACGCAACCUUUAGAUGUUCUAAAGACACGAGCGAUGAACGCUAAGCCUGGAGAAUUUAAAAAUCUAAUGGAAAUCUUCCUAUAUACUGCCAAACUUGGGCCACUGGCUUUCUUUAAGGGCUACGUACCUGCAUUUAUCCGAUUAGCACCGCAAACCAUCCUCACAUUUGUAUUCCUCGAACAACUUAGAUAUAAUUUUGGAUUCUAUCCGCAAGCCAUGAAGUCGCCGCUAUAAGUAAUAAGAUGGGUUUUUUUUUUUUUUUUUUUUUUUUUUUUUUUUUUUAGCAGAUUUGUUUCGCAGAUUGAUACAAAGACAAAUGGGUAGUAAUCAAAUUUUACUAUAUGUGCAAAAUAUGAUAUAUUAACAUAUGAAAGUAGCAGAAAUAUUUAAUUCAGUCACGCACAGUUCGAUGAAUACGCUUUAAUUAGGAAUUAAUAAUUCAGUUUUUACCUAGUGAUACUUUUUAAUUACUUAAGAUUAUUAUAUUUUUAAGUCGAUACAUUCCUUAUAUUAAUUUCUGAUGUAUAUUUAUGUUGACACAAACACAUUUAUAUAUUUUUUAAAGUAUAUUUAAAAUAUGUAUAUAUACAUAUAAUAUAAAAAAUCGUGCAGAUUUAUAUCUAUAUUUAAUUGUAUCUUUUACACGUAUAUGAAGUGAUCUCUUAAGUACAAACAACAAAAGAUAUAUAUUUACCUAUGAAAUUUUACUUUCAUAAAUCUUUUUUAAGGCCUCAUACUUCCGCUUUAUGAUAAUAUCAAUGAAAUGUAUAGUACAAUACACGAACGAGCUUUUAGAAAAUAUAUAAAGAAAAUAUUUUUUAAAA